AUUAUGGUUACAUUUUGGAUCUCUUUCUUUACCAUGUCUGCCAUUAUUUGCAACCAUAAUUAAUGACUUCUAUCUAUUGAGGUGGUUUUUUUUCAUCUCAUCUCUCUGCGUUUCAAUCAACCGCUGUCAAAACAAAGAAAAAUUUUUUGAAUCAAACUGACCCGACCGAAAUCACCGAAUGCACACCAUAAUAAUAUAUAUACGAUUUUCAUUGCAUAUCAGCAACAGCAACCAAAAGUGAAUAUGGUUUUUGUUGUCAAUUUAUUGAUAUUGUUGAGCUAAAAAAAGAUUGAAAUUACCGGCGACGUACAUCAGAUCAUCUAGUCAUAUACAAAUGAUGAUAUUAUUUGUUAUUCUUUUACUGUGUUGUUGUUGUUGUUGUUGUUAUUGUCACUGUUCAUCGAUCUCAUCUAUACUUUGUUGAUAAAUUUUUUUCAUCACCUUUGUUAAGAUUAACUUAAAAAUUGAUUGAUUGGAUGAAGAAAAUUUUUUUGUAAAUGAAUCUCCAUUCAUUAGUAACUUUGGAGGCUAUUUUUAUUAUAAUGCUCAUUGUUAUCACUUGGCGACAAGAUUCUAUCGAAUUGUUCAAGUGUUCAAGAGAUCGUUCAAAAAUUGUACGAGAUGUUAUCUAUAAGAAAUUCAUUCCAAUAUUCAUACGACAUAAAACAAAUUUAUCUCAUGAAUGUCCAUUCCAUCCGGAUAGAGAAUUUCUUUGGUGGCCAAUGUCUUACCACUAUGAUGACAAUGUUGAUGAUGAUGAUGAUGAUGAUGAUGAUGGCGUACAUGAUCAUCAUUCAUAUUGGACUUGUCCAAUUUGUGGUGUAGAUUUUCAUUGUUCAGAGCGAUUAAUUUUUCAUUGGGAUACUGAACAUCGCUAUUCUCGGCCAUAUAGAGAAGAUUUCGUAUGUCUAGCCGAUUAUUGUGACAUAUUUCGAUGUGAUAUCAUUAUAAAGAAAAUGUUACAAAGAAGAAAACGAUUUCUUAAUUAUUUAUCAUUUGGCAAAAGCUCAGACAUUCGAAUUGGCCAAUGUGAUUCGGCCAAUAUGGUUAUACUACAAGAGAUGUGCCUCAAUGUAAUCCAACAAUGUAUGAUUAGUAUCGAUACGAAUAUCACAACAAGCCAAACACUAAAAUCGUUACGUAAAGAGCUAAGCGAUUCGCUUUGUUCCUACCUCACCUGUGAACAUUAUCAUGAUGAUCUUUUUACUGAUGAUGGCACAAUAUCUCAUAAAGUGCCGAUAAUUUUAUUUACAAUUGUUGGAUUCAUAAUGUUCUGUGGAUUCAUUCUAGUCUACUAUUUUAUCUGGAAUGUUUUCAAUCAAAGUUUAAUCAACGAUAACGAUAAUGGAUCGAAAAAAAUUCCGGAUAAUAAUUCUGAACGACAAAAUUACGAUAAUAAUUCGAGCUUUGUGGUAAAGGCAAAGAAUGAAAAUUGCAAAAAAUCUUCAAACAGACAAACAAACGUUAACAAUUGUAAUCAUCUUCAUAACAAGAAACAAUCAAAGUCAUCCUCAUCUGAUAAAUUUUUCCAAAAUAUUUUUGAAUUUAAUCAAGAAAAAUACGAUAAUGAUUCAUUUGAAUUCAAUGAUUUAGAACAGAAUCAAGUAUCGAAAUUUAAGGCAAAACUUCAUGCAAUCAACAGCAUAAUCGAAGAGGAAGAAGAAGAAAGCGAAUUUGACAUAAGUGUACAUUCAUAUCCAAAUAUUAAUCGUAAAAAUUUACGUCGUAAUCAACGAAAAACAAAGCUGCCAAUGAAAGAAAAUGAUUCAAAACAAUCAUCACAAGAGAUUUGUUUCAAAGAGUUGCCCAUGAAAUUUCAUCCGAAAUAUGUUCAACCAAUCAAACAUUCAUAUUCGGAUCAAUAUCCUUGUUACAGUGAUCCUAUGUCCUAUUCAUUCGCCAUGUUAUCCAAUAAAUCGCGAUCAUUCUCGCAUUCACAUUUGCGAAAUGUUCAUAAUCAAAACAUUUCAUCAAGAAUGUUUAGCAAAAAUCCUAGACGACAAUAUUCACUGGAUGAAGUGGAAUGGGAACCACCAAUAUCGUCUAGAAAUAGUCAAGAAUCACAUUCCAAUCCUGCAUUGCAACAAUUAACGCAAUCGAAUGCUCAGACAAUUUAUUCAAACAAACCAAAUCCGAUAUCACCAUCAUCAUUACCAUUAACAUCGCGAUGUAAAUUAUCGGAAUGGAAUGGUCCUCCUCGUCAUCGACCAAUAUCAAAAUCAGCAAUGUCAUAUCAUAUGAUGCAUCCAUCUAAACGACGAGAAUUGUAUGCCGCUUCCAAAACAAAUAGCGAUGCAAGUAUUGGUUCAGGUAGUAGCCGAUGUAGCAAUCCGACUUCUUUCAAAAAUUAAUUAAUGAGUCU